AUGUCUUACACAACCACUCUUUCCGAGAAGCUCCCAGAGGAAGCGGCCCAUCUUGUCAGUUCGUCCCUGUCCGACUAUGAUGCAGAUCUCUCCUCGUCCGACUACACGGAAAAUCCGGACCUUGAAGAUCGAGAGAAAUAUGCUGGAUUACCACCAGAUACAAAAGGAAAGAACAAGGCAGCCCCGGGUGUUCGCUUCAUCGUGUGGACAGCAAUCAACGUUGCUUCCACCGUCGCCAUAGUGUUCACGAACAAAUACAUCUUAUCCGAUAUAUCAUUCCGCAACUGCCAGGUCGCCUUUGCUGCGUACCAUUUCUUCAUCACCGGGGCCACCUUAUGGGUCAUCUCUCGCCAGCAGUGCGCCGUCUUCAUACCGAAACAGGUGUCGGUAGUGCAGAUUAUCCCCCUGGCGGCAGCGAUGUGUAUCCAGGUUGUUCUUCAAAAUCUCUCACUUGCAUAUUCGUCCGUCAUGUUCCAUCAACUGGCCCGAUUACUCUUGACUCCCGUCGUGGCUUUACUCAACUACAUGCUCUACUCGACCAAGAUCCCGCGAACGGCCGUCUCCCCUCUCAUCCUGCUUUGCUCCGGCGUGGGAAUCGUUUCCUACUAUGACUCCCUCGCGAGCAACGAGAGCGCUGCGAGUAAUUCGUCCUGGGGAACGGUAUUUGCCCUUGCCGGCGUCUGCGCCAGUUCAAUCUAUACGGUUUGGAUUGGGCAAUAUCACAAGAAGUUCCAGUUGAAUAGCAUGCAGCUUCUCCUGAACCAGGCACCGGUCAGCACUGCUCUGUUGCUGCUCACUGUGCCUUUUACCGCGACACCGCCAUUGGGGGCUGUUCCAGUGUCCAUGUGGAUUCUAAUCUUAAUGAGCGGCAUCUUUGCUUCCUUGGUGAACCUCUCGCAGUUUUUCAUUAUCGACUUGGCUGGAUCCAUCAGUGGGACCGUGGUCGGUCAGCUCAAGACGUGCAUCAUUGUCGGGUUGGGAUGGGCUUUUAGCACGAAUCCCAUCUAUUUUCAGAGCAUUGUCGGAAUUUUGCUGGCGUUGGUGGGCAUGAGCAUAUAUAUGCGGGUCAUUAUCCAAGAGCAGAGGUAA